CUAAGUGUGAGGAGGGAGGGGCAAGCAGUAAAAAUUAAAUGAAACUUUUUGAGCAGAAUACUGCAUAAGUCUUUGGACCUUUUUGAGUAUAGCCUGAGGUUUAUCAUAUUCUUUCCCUGGAGUAGAAAACCUAUAAUAGCAGAAGGGUUUGGGAAUAAUUUAAUGAAGUUCCUCUAAAUAACUGGUAAGGCAGACACGCAUGCAAAUUAUGUAGAACACCAUGAUUUAGAAACAUAGAAACAGAAACAGAGCAAGUCAGAAGGGACCUCGUAGGCCAUCUAGUCUGACUCCUGGCUCCAACCAGCUCUGCUCAUGACUUGCCUGACUAGUGAUUUAAAUUUUGAUUUAGAUGAAAUCCACCCUGUCCAGGAAUAGCCAUAGUUGGUAUAUCAAAGCUAGGCUAUUAGUCAAUGCUAGGAAAAGGUGCCCUUAGCUCUGAGGUCAUAUGAGCCUGCACUGACAAAAGCAGAAUCUGGGAGUACUCCCAAACUGCAGAAAUUAUUGAAAAAUAGCAGCGAAGAAAAUAAUAAUUUAUUACAAAGUGACACAUAAUACUUACUAUAUCCUUACCUAACCUGACUGAUUCCUCUCUUUAACAAAUAUCCUAACCACUAGUAGUUUUCCUCUCUUCCAGCUUCACUGAGAUAAGGUUAUGAUUACAAUGUCAAAAUCAUGCACAGUGUGGAGAAAGUGGAAAGGGAGACAUUUUCCCCUUCAUUUAUAAUAUUAGAACUAGUGGGGUUAUGCCAUGAAGCUUAUUGGUUUAGGACAGAUAAAGGGAAGCACCUCUUCAUACAGCACAUACUAUGGACUUGACUAUCACAAGCUUUAGUAAUUCCACCAAUUUGAAUAGUGUUAAAAGGGGAUUAGACACAUUCAUGAAGGAAAGGGUUAUUGUUGCCUACUAGUCUCGGUAGUUAUAUUCUACCUCCAAUAGCAGAGACAAUUUGUGUGUUCCUGGGAAUCAUGACUAACAGGAUGCUUUUGCGUUCAUGCCCUACUUGUGGGUUUUCUACAGGAAGCCGGUUGGCCACCGCAUGAACAGAGUCCUUGAUUUGAACUGGCAUGGUCCUUCUUGUGUUAUUCUUGUAUGAGUCUUCCCACACGCAGACUUGGGAUCCUUCCUUACCGGCCUGUCGCCCGAGUUGGUUUAGUGGGUGGGUACAAAGCAGAGGCCCUUUGAAGUGGUGCCUGCCCCCACACCUCGUGAAUUAGCUUUCACCAGGAGUUCAUGAGAUCCUUUCUUUUCAGCCUUGGUUUCACAGCCUUAUUUUCAGUUUUCCUUCAAUUUAUUAUUGAGGAAUAUUAGCCAUACAGGGCAAAUAUCCCAUGUCUGCUUCAUGUCCUGGAUUGUGCACAGGAAGUUCAUAUUAAGCUUAUCUAACUUGACUGACUGCAGUUCAGCAGCCCAGACAACUGUGAGUAAAUGCAGAUAUAUGUGGUCUAGAAAAUGUUUCAUGGCAAAAUACAGCAUUGGAAAAUUCUCCAGCCCACAACAGAUUCCUUUUUUCUGCAAGGAACCCAAGGCUGCUUGUACCCACUGCCUCUCCAUGUUAUAGUUUUUAUGGUAAAUUUUUUGUUCCCCUCUUUGACACCUCUGUAGAAAGUGUUCUGCAUACUUAAGUAACAAUAAAUAAAUAAGCUUGAAAGACUAGUUUAUGAAAUAGACCUCUGCAUGUGUCAGUUCACUGAGAGAAUCCAGCUCUGCCCUGUGAUUUCAAAGAGCUUCCCUUAUUCUUGGAUUGGCCGAACCCAUGUAACUGCAGGCUUUUAAAUACUGCUGGAUGGGAUAAAACCACAGAAAAGCAUUUCCAGUGGCUCUUCUGUUAUACUUUAAGGGCAUCUCUUUGGAUGUUCGGUCUUAUGGUGUCAGGGUCAAACUGCAUAUUAUCUUAAUUGCAUAGUAGCAAUUAACAUAAAUUUAAAUAGCUACUGUUGGAUGCUUGAACAUGACUGACAUUGGUGGUUCCAUUCCUCAUGAAGUCAUUGCAAAUUGUCUCCCUCUGGUUUUUCCUAGCUAUGUGGUGGCACCAAUGGAAGCUUUUCUCUUGGAAGAAAUAAUGGGAAGUGUGGGUUCUGACAUAGAUUGGGAUGACCUCUGGGAUCAGUUUGAAGAAAGAAAGUACCUGAGUGCGCGGAGGUGGAAGGGUGGCGAGGACCCUUAUCGACUAUAUGCCUUCAAUCAACGGGAAAGUGAACGGAUACCCAGUGACCGUGCCAUCCGUGACACUAGACACCACAGAUGUACUACGUUGCACUAUCGUACAGAUCUUCCACCAACCAGCAUCAUCAUCACCUUCCAUAAUGAGGCCCGGUCCACAUUAUUAAGGACCAUCAGAAGUGUCCUGAACCGAACCCCUGUACGGCUGGUGCAUGAAAUCAUAUUAGUAGACGACUUCAGUGAUGAUCCGGAUGAUUGCCGUAUGCUGAUCAAGCUACCCAAGGUGAAAUGUUUACGCAACAGAAAAAGAGAAGGUUUGAUCCGGUCCCGCAUUCGAGGAGCAGACGUGGCACAGGCAGGUGUUCUGACCUUUCUCGACAGUCACUGUGAGGUCAACAAGGACUGGCUGCUGCCUCUCCUACAGAGGAUCAAAGAGGAUCCAACGCAUGUGGUGAGUCCAGUUAUUGACAUCAUUAAUUUGGACACAUUUGCAUAUGUGGCAGCUUCUUCAGAUCUAAGGGGAGGAUUUGACUGGAGCCUACAUUUUAAAUGGGAACAACUUUCUCCAAAGCAGAAGGCAAAGCGAACAGACCCCACGGAGCCCAUCAAGACUCCUAUCAUUGCUGGAGGGCUGUUUGUGAUUGACAAGACCUGGUUCAACCAUCUUGGAAAAUAUGAUGCAGCGAUGGACAUUUGGGGAGGAGAGAACUUUGAAAUCUCUUUCCGAGUGUGGAUGUGUGGCGGAAGCUUGGAAAUCAUUCCCUGCAGUCGUGUUGGACACGUCUUCCGGAAGAAGCACCCAUACGUCUUCCCAGAGGGAAAUGCCAACACCUAUAUCAAAAAUACCAAGCGCACAGCUGAAGUCUGGAUGGAUGAAUAUAAGCAAUACUAUUACGCUGCCCGGCCCGCGGCUCAAGGGAGGCCAUAUGGAGACAUCCAGAGCAGAGUGGAACUGAGAAAGUCUUUGAAAUGUCAUACCUUCAAGUGGUAUUUGGAAAAUGUCUAUCCAGAACUUAGAAUUCCAGAAGAAUCACUGUACCAGACAGGGUUGAUACGGCAGAGACAGAGAUGCCUGGAGUCACAGAAGUCCCAAGGGCAAGAGUUCCCCCUUGUGAUCUUGAAUCCCUGCAUCACCAGCAAAGGUGCGGCAGCAGUAGCCCAGGAAUGGACGUAUACGUACAACCAGCAGAUCCGCUACCAGCAGCUGUGUUUGUCCAUCCACACCCUCUUUCCAGGUUCCCAGGUGGUGCUCCUGCCUUGCAAAGAAGGGGAUGGCAAGCAGCGAUGGAACAAAGUUGGCUCCCACAUUGAACACAUGGCCACACGUUACUGCCUGGACACAGAAAUGAUGGGGGACACCAAUGAGAACAUGAGAGAAGUCGUCAUUAACCCUUGCGAGAGCACGGCAAUGAGCCAGCGGUGGGAGAUGGUGAUGUCCUGACCCCCACCCCCCGCCAAUAUCCAUGGCCAAAUUCAGCCAGGAAGACCUUUGUCACACCAGGAACCGCCAAGUCUUGGGGGCAGGGCGGGGCUUGCCUGAAGUGAGGCAGAAGCCAAAGAAUCAGAACACGCAGCUGCGGCUAGGUUGAGGAAAGCGCGUCAGUGCUGACUCCCAGAGCUACAGCAGCAAUCAUACCCAUGCAGUUUAAGAAAACCACAACAUUUAGGCUGGAAAAGUACUUCAAUGACACUCAUCUGUUAGUUGAAGCAGAAGAUGCUUUCCUUGUUUUGAAGAGAGCAUCUGCUGAAAUUGGUAAAUGCAGUGCUUAUUGUCCUCAUUCCCAAGGCUGCAGAAAAGCUUCAGAAAACUGUAAACGGGGAGCAGCUUCUAAUGGGAGACGGGUAGGGAAGGAAUAAGCCGGGUGUUCUGGGGGCACAGAAAUGGGCACAUUGGAAAGGACGAGCAGAGUGGGCCAGCUGAUCUUGCACUUUCGAUUGAUGCAACUGAGCACAUCUCUGGAAGAGGACUGGAGUAAGCUAUCUUGCACAUUAUAAUUUGUAUGUGACCCAUGCACUUCCUGUGAGCGAGACACUGUAUAUGUGCAAUGAGAGGAAAAUGUGUGUGUGAGAGAGAAUGAGAGAGAGAGCGCAUAUGUCGCUUAUCUGAGAGCUGGUGUUCAAAAUGGACAAAUGCAUACAAGACAUGGAAAUGUUAGCUGUACUGUCUCUGUUGUCAAGCCUUCCUCCAGGUUUGGGAAGGGGACCCUGGCCUGGAAACCGUACUCAGUGGGUGGCGCGAGAGAGGCGCAUACCCAGUGCCCUCCGUUCAGCUGUCCAUCCUGGCAUUCUCCCAGGGUUCGCGUACAGAGCCCUCUGGGAGAACUUCACACAGGGCAGGUGAUGGCAGGAAGAGAGGCUGAUCUCUCCAGGUGCCCUGUGUCAAAAGUAAGAAUAGCAAGUCUUCACACUUGGUCCCCUUCAAUAGCUUUGGCACACGGCCCGGGUUGUCCAUCUGUCGCAUGGGCUGUGCUGCUCUUGCGUUGAAUUUUUCAUCCUGCGACUACCCCACUAAGACUGAGCACUUGAAAUGGCUGUAGCCAUUUGGAGAGGGUGGGAUACUACCAGCAUUGCUUGAGGGUACGAGAUGCUUUCCCCUCCAGCCUGCAGCCUCACUGUGGCCUCUGGCUUUCUCCUGAAGAGCAAAUCCCUGCAAACUGUGCUGCUCUGGAGACCAGAGUGGGGGGAAAGAGAAGCAGUCGGUCAUGGAGGGCCCCGAACUCAGGCUCUGCCUGGGCAGUCGGGAGGAUGGGAACGCCAUUCCAAAACCUAAAUUGGAGUGCAGCUCCUCCUGACAUCUGGGGAAGCAGUCCAGCAUUUCCAGGCCACUUAUGAAUUUGGACUCGGAUAAGUACGCUCAUUGUCUCAGGCAAAGCAGCUCUUGUCAAGCCACUGUCUAGUCUGAGCAAUGCUACCAGCCUGUGUGUGUGGUGAGAGACUGAGAUAGGAACCGAUAGGGGAGGGCUGAUUAACACUGUUCCUUGUCCCAUCUCAGGGGGUUCUUUGAUGAGCCUAAAACCACCUGCUGAUCCUCUGGAAUUGUAUCAUGUGUCUCUCACUGUUUAAAGUCCUUGGAAUAGGGAAUUUUCGCAUAAUCAUAAAAAUGAUAUUUUGCUACUUGAA